UAUAAAGAUUGUACUGUAGUUAUCCCCAUCAGAAGCACAAACAGAACACUCAACAUGAAGCUCUUACUCAGCCUCCUUGUUGUUUCAACACUACCUCAAUUGGCUGAACUACAAGUCCUCCCCACCAGUGCUCCACAGACAGCCGUGGCUGAGCUAGUCAAGGGGUUACCCUGGAUCUUCUCAGGGGAGAGCGUGCAUCUGAAGUGCAGUGUUCCUGGGAAUGUGUCGGCCGAGUGGAGAUACCGGUGGUUCAGGGGGGGCGAGCAGCUCCAGGAGUCUGAAUACUUUGUCCUCUGGAAGGCCAGGCCACAGCAGAGUGGGAAGUACUACUGCCAGGGCCUAAGAACCACAUGGAUAAACACACAACACACCCUCCACAGCCUGCCUAUAGAAAUAGAGGUGGACGGUGGGUGGGCCAUCCUGCAGGCCCCGCCCCUGCCCAUGCUGGUUGGAGAGACAAUGACCCUGACGUGUCGUGUCCGUAACAACCCCAAACUGACAGAGGUCAUACUCUACAAAGACGGGGUGGAGCUUCAGAUACAGCGUGGCCCAGAGCUGCGUGUCACCAACCUUACCCUGCAACACCACGGAUCCUAUUGGUGCAGAGCAUCCUGGGAUGGACGGAGGGAAACCAACUCUGUAAUCUCAAUGGCUGCUCCAGUGUCCAUCAUAGAGGUUCUGACAGAGCCCAUGUUGGAGAUUGUGCCCAAUGACCCUCUGAUCCAUAAAGACCGUAUGCUCCUGGUGUGUCAUGUUCAACUGAACGCCCGUCAGCCGGUUCCACACAUCCACUACUACUUCUACCAGGACGGGCUGAGUCUCGGGCCUGCCUCUUCCCAGGACAAAGUCACAGUACUGAGGGACUCAGGCCAGUACUGGUGCAAAGCCAGCGUUCCUACUCUGGGCCUGAAGAGGCUCAGCGAGCCCUUAGGUUAUGGGCGAGUGACAGGGAAACAUCAGGGACCAGUUGUCUCUCUCCAGCCCAGAGCUCCAACUCCCCAGACCACCACCUCUAUCUAGCCUUCUAAGCCCCCUACCUUCCCCGAUGCAGCCAGUGAUUCUCCAAACACACUGUCCUGUGAUGUUGUUGUUUCAGAUGAUGGG